AUGAAUGCGUACCUGUUUAUUGAUUCGAACACCGCGGACACGCUUGUAUCGCAGCCCGAGUGUGCGCAGGGUCCCAAGAGGGUGGCGGUGAAGGGCUACGAGGCUUACUUGGUGGAACAGUGGGUGUGCGCUCGUGAAGUCAAUGGCGUUGUCUCAUCGUACACGGGCAACUCCUCGGAUAUUGUGGUGGCAAACACGGUGUUUAUGCCACAAAUUGCGGACAACUUUGGUGCCGGCAGUCGCCAGAUUUUCGAUGCGUUAGGAGCGAUGCAUCUACUGCCAAAGGAAACAGAACAUGGCUUGAUGCUCGUGACGAAUCUGUCUUCGUUGCCCUCGAGCUGGACAUUGAUUCCAAUGCCUGCUGGAACGAGGUAUGAGGACGCCAUGAGACUGUUUGUUGUGAAUGAAAACUUGCGAAGGCUGCAGUGUAUGGGCCGCCUUGCCGUAGCUUUGGAGAAGCCUAGUUCCACGGCCGAGACGAAAUUCCGGUCCAUUUUCAUGAUCCAUCUAGAUGUACCUAUUGAGUUUGCUGCUCAGGAAAUUGUGGUGAUGGUUCAAAUGGCCCUGUACUACAGUGGACUUUUGGAGGGACAUUAUGUUGAUGGUCUUUUGUGCGAUAUCACUCUGGCAAAGGCCCGCGAUUGGUGGACAAAGUUUGGGCAACGACUCAUGGACGCACCUACAAUCAACGACCCUCAGUAUUUUUCAAUAACAGUCGCUGCUCUUAUUGGAUGGUUAAGCAGCAUGAGAAGCCGAUUGUCUGCGCUCAAUUACAAGCCACCCAAGGACGUUUUUGACGCCAACUUGUUUUCUACUUGUAUCAAACAGUUCCAGAAGACAGAAAAAAUGCCACGGACAGGCAUUUUGGACGAGAAAACUACUCGAAAACUUUCUGAACUCGCAGCAAAUCGUUUGAAGAAUUUCCAAAACGAUUUCUAUACCCAGGCCCGUAAAAUCCCCAAAUCCGCCGGUGCAGACUCCAAUUUAAUGGCGUUUGUAGUGAAAAAUGCUAAAGGUGCUCGCUCUCAGUAUCUUUGGCAAGGCAGUGGCUCUCAAUACGAGCCUGUAUCGGACCCAGGAGUUGGCGAAGAGUACUAUUGUCACAAUACCGGAAUGCCGUUGCAUUCUCUUCGCGUUGAAGACAAGGCGCUUGCUCAGAACAAGUUGAACUUGGUCAAUCGUUUACGCAGCAAAUCUCGCGGUCAAGAUUUUAGAAAGCGUGAUGAAAGCUCCGACUUGUCGUUCAUGGGGAACUUCAGCACUACGUCUUUGGAGCCUGCUCCUCGUUUGGGGCCACUUUCGGCUCCUGCCUUGGUUCCAGCUCUACCGUCCCUUUCAACCAGUGCUCUGGGACCUCAUGACACUGAAAAGCCUGUUCCAAAGGAUGAGGCUCCUUGCCCCCGGCGUCUCGCUGGUAACCUGUCUAUCGGUACACGAGACGAUAGCGCACUCAACAAGAGCAGCUCUAGACGGCGAGCUAUGCGUCCUCGUGCAAACAGUGUGAGUGUAAUUGAGAAUGUUUUACACCCUUCCAAGAAGCCUGCCUCGUCUGCCCGAUUACAUCUUUUGUUUCGAGAGGCCCGGGAACUGCAAGAUCAAGUCUACGAGCGGCUGAACACUGACUCGAAGCGCUGCGAGGAACUCGAUCAUGAGCUUGAACGUCGAAGUUCUGAAGUCAACAUCGAGUUCCGCCAAACCGAGACCAUGAAGUAUCAAGUCCACGCCACUAACCGCAAAGAGUAUGCAGUCAAGGUGCGUAUGCACGAGCUCGAAGCCCUUAUGUCGAAGCUGGACUACGAGUACAACAUUAUUGGCUCAAAAGUCCGAGAAGUCGAACAAGCAGUGGCAGAGUUUGGCGCAAAAGUCGAGCAUCUUGAAGGACAGUUCAAUCGCGUGCGCGAAACCCCAACAAGUUUUUGGAGAACCUUGUUUGGCUAUUAA